UGCAUUAUGACGAGCAUGUGUCGAUCGCAAUGGUUGUGCUCGUCUGGACAUGAGCCGAUGUAGCCAAAGUGCCGUCGCAUGGAACGGGCAGCGUACUGACUUGGCCACGUCGUGCUUGUUCCCACAAGCGACGGAUACGACGGAGUAAUAGUGUCGUUAGUCGCUGUCGGAGUGUCACCUUGGAGAUGGCACCUAAGCACGAUAUGAUACUUCCACAUACCCAUAACUCCAACCAAGCCUCGACUCAGGAGAUGUCGGCGCUCCUGCUUCGCCAGUGCAAGAAGCGUAACGGCAAUACAGAUACUGCUAGAACAAUGCUUAAGCUGAAGGAGCUUGAAGUCGCCGUACGUCUGAUUGUGUCGACAUUCCCUUCGAUAAUGAAUGUACGCCAAAAACUUGUGCAUCUGUCACUCGCUCUGGGGGUACAUGGUCGAUCCAUAUCCCAGCCGUUCACUCCCACGUGCUGCCACUCAGAACUCCUUUUCGCGUUUCAAUGCGUGCGCGUCGACUGUGAUGAUCACGCUCGUCGAGACAUGGGCAGACGUGGCCGUGGUGCAUCUGCGCUGCGCAGAACGGGCGGCGUGCUGAGCGGUGUGGCCACGCCUGGCUUGUUUCUUGGCAUGCCGAUUCAUUAGCAGGUGCUACGAAGCGGCGCUCAGUACUUCGUACCCGCAAGCGAUGAACACGACGGAGAAUGAACGUCGCUGGUCAACGCCACUGCGGCGUUUUGGAGAUCGCGUCCGGACACGGUCGUCCGUAACUUGGGCCCUUCGCAUUAGAUAUCCCGCUCGUCAUGAGGGAGUAGGGCACCGGACGACUCUGCGUGCAGGCUUUCCCGGACGUCGAGGUGGAGGUGUAUAGGGCGCAUGAAUUGCAUUUAGGCGACACCCGUGCCGGCAAACUUGGAGUUCUCCUGUCCAGAUUUCAGGCACGUGUUCAGCGCUGUGUAGCCCCACUAUGAUGGCACCAGGCCCGUACAUGGUCUGCACGACUGUCUUCUCCCCAAGCUGUUUGUCUGUGUCGCCCGCAUCAUGUGCUCCUAGGCCACAAUGACAAUCAAAUCCCAACCAUCCAAAACUGUAGGCUUCACCUUCCGUCAGGGAGAUCGAGUGCUGUUGCGGGUCCCAUGUAGGUGCGUCAAGAUACGCUGUCCGUGGAUGUCAAAUGCAGCCCGUAUAAGCUACAGGCUGCUACGAGGGACAAGUCGGCAGUGAUUCUUGAUAGAUUUGUGCUGCAGCAGAUGAAGGCUGACGAAAAGGCCCGAGAUGCGGAUCCUCUGGAAGACGAAGACGAGACGAGACG